AACAUUAAAGGAAACCAAACCCCAGAGGUCAACUUUGUCUCUUGAUAAAGAUAAUUAUAUAUGUUGCUCAAUAAGAUUAACAAUUACCCUGAAAACUAACCCAGAAAGCAGAAAAAGACAAUAAUAUGAUGCUAUCUUGGCACCCACUGAGCAUCGCCAUAUUUCAAAGCCCCGACCAAAUUCGUGACGUAUGUGACGAAGUAGGAAAUUUUCGAUCGUGAUUGGUCAAUAUCUUUCUGUCACACGUUUGUUAUAAAUACAAAACAAAAAAAUAUUUUUUUCCAAUUUAUAGGUUGAAUAUGUGAUAAAUAAAAUAUGAUAACUCAAUUAUAUAUUUUUUUGUAUUUUAAUUUGAAUCCAAAUUAUAAUUGUGAUCCAUAAAAAUUAACCGUACUAAAAAAUAUUAAUGAACAGGUCGCUUGCAAAGUUUGCCGAUAUACCGUACGUACACUAGACAACUAAUCGCCCCGGCACUGUCGGGUGGCCAUGCAACAAGCGUCCGCUGCGCUCGCUGCAUAUAUAUACGUACGUAGGAUCGAGCAGCUGGCCGUUGGCGUUACUAUAUUAUUGCAGUGCUAUCAGUAGUAAUACUUUCGUAAAUAUUCGCUUAAUCGUUGUUGAGUACAGUAGGCAUAUCUCGAAAUAGAUAUUGUUUGGUUGAACUCUGUAAUGGACACGAUGGAAGGGGAAGGUGUAAAACCUUACUCUUUUGAACCUAAAUACACGGCAGAAGAAAUUCUGGAGAGGCGACGCCGACGGCUAAGUCAAAGUGCCAGUGCACCACCAUCCCCACCGGCUCCGGAUCCAGAGGGUGAUCGACUUGACAAUAACGACUGGUGUUUUUGUGGUGAAUGCACACCAAUGGAAACUGUAUUGCAAUCUCGAUGUUGCGUGGAGCUUGCGAACUGUCGAACACAUUUAAAUGAAAGUAUACCGUGCAUUACAGCCCACCCGGACUUCAUGAAAGUUUGCCUUGAAAAGGCGGUCCUGCGAACUGCACUGGUUGCUCGUCUUGAUACUAGAGGGCUUGAUGUCAGAAACAUACCGGCUGAGCUUGAAAAUGAGUCGUAUAGGUAUUGUGGCUACAGAAUGUUCACGUACUGGAUACAUGGUGUUCUAGGGCGACAUGUGCGGAGAGUUAUUCCUGCUUGCUCUGUCCAACGGAUUAGAGAUACUUUCCCUGCAGCUGAUGGACGAUAUGUGGAAUUUCGGUUUGUGCAGGAUGAAGUUGAAGUAGUGCCAGAAGAAUAUGAAAUAUAAACAUUAUUGCGUCUACAUGUAUGAACCAAAAAAACUUAUUUAGAAUUGUGUAUCAUAGACUCAAACAAAUUAAAAAGUCUUGCAUGUUAUUUUGCUUGUCACAUACUGUAUACAUGUACAUUGUUUAUUUUUCCUUGAUAUCCCAUCCAAGCCCUUCCUCCGAGACUAGCCUAAAUGUAUGUCAGUAGGUAUUUGAAUUAUGGUUAAGUCCUCCAAGACUGCAUGUCGCUACAUCCAUUCUACAUGUAGAUUUCAAUCUUUAUUUACCAUGUUAUAGUGUUCAUGUAUGUAUUUGUUUAGCAUUUGAUCCCCUUUUUCUUAUCCAGUUUGAAUAUCACAAUUGAGUGUAAUGAACAAAGAGUGACAUGUUUGUCAACCUCAUGAUCUCUUGAUGAAUGUGUACUACCUCAACAUAAAUUCUACUGAAUAUGUGAAUGGUGAGCUUAUAACUCCCCCCAUAAAGAAAACAAAAUUGACUUUUCUUUCAGUGUUCUUGUUAAAUUUGAAAGCACAUGUAUGUACAUGUAGUACAUAUGCUUAGUGAAAUAAUUCAAAAUUUUAGCUUUUACUGGUACAUUGAAACUCCAAAACAGUUAGGUAUAGAUUACAACCAUGCAAGGGGGCAGUUUCUAUAUCAUGCUUUUCACACUACAAAAUCCCCAGGAAAUUUGAGGGGCUACGGGGGGGGGG